CGUAAAUUGUCAUUAUAGCAAAUAGAGUUUGUCAGUCAAAUCAUUUUGACUGUUGUCUAGUUUUCAGAAAGAAUAUCAACAUGGCUGUAAAAUCCAUAUGUAUCCUGCUAGCGUUGAGUUGUUGUCUACUUCAAGUAAGUAGUCGGGUACUCUUUGGAGCGUUCAACAUCCAAAUACUCGGUGUGACCAAGAUGGGGAAACCCGAGGUGGUUGGGUACUUGACUCAGAUUCUUGACCGUUACGACCUCGUUUUGGUUCAGGAGUAUAAGGACAAGUCGGGUACAGCCAUCGUGGAACUUCUGGAGGCAUUGAACGAGUACUCAAACGAUACCUACGACUACGUCAUCAGCUCUCGUACUGGCCGUUCAUCUUCUAAGGAGCAAUAUGUCUACUUCUUCAAAACUCGCAAAUUGUCAGUGAUUGACAGCUACGAGUUUGUGGAACCCGGAGACGAGUUUGAGAGGGAACCAUACAUUGUUCGAUUUCGCCAAAAGGACCUACGUUCUGACCAGCCUGAGUUUGUGGUGGUGGGAAUUCACGCCAAACCCGACGAUGCUGAGCUAGAGAUUGACUACUUGACUGACGUAUACGAUGACGUAGUCAGCACGUGGGGAACGCAGGACGUCAUACUAGCCGGCGAUUUCAACGCAGACUGCAGUUAUGUCACUAAAUCGGAAUGGCCGCACAUCCGACUGCGCACCCAGUCUCGCUUUACGUGGCUGAUUGAUGACGACGCAGACACGACCGUAUCCAACACCGACUGCGCAUACGACAGACUUGUUGUAGCUGGUUCCGAUAUGAUCGCAAACUCAGGUUCAGCACAGACUUACUACUUCGAUGAAGACUUUGGUUUAGAUCAAGACACUGCCAAGACAGUGAGUGACCACUACCCAGUAGAGAUGACGAUUAUAAGUCAUUGUUACGUCCAGUCCAUGUACGAUACCCCUAAACGAGAGAGACGAAAACAUCUAGCGGACACAAUGAAUUUCUACGCCGUGAUUGUGACGCUUUUCCUGGUAGGCGUUUUUGUGGAACACGCUGAUGGCGUUAGACUUGGCACGUUCAACAUUCAGUCGCUCGGUGAUAACAAAAUGGCCAGACCACAUGUUGUGGACGUGCUGCAAAGGAUUUUGAGUCGGUACGAUCUCGUCAUGAUUCAGGAGCUAAGAACUCCCAAAGCGGAUGCCAUCGACGCACUUCUCUUAGCUGUGAACACAUACUCUGCUCAAAACUACAAGAUGGUAGUAGGUCCCAGGGUAGGACGCAGCACCUCAAAGGAACAGUAUGUCUUCUUUUACAGAGCCGACAAGUUUGAGGUAACGGAUCAAUACAGUUACGUUGAAGCCAAAGAUGAGUUUGAACGCGAGCCGUACAUUGUGCGUUUCCACUCGCUCACUUCAUCAAGCUUGCCAAAUGAUUUCGCUGUUGCCAAUAUCCACACCAAACCAGGUUAUAGAUACACUCGGCAUGAAGUGAAUGCACUUGUCACGGUGUACGAUGACAUCAUGAGCACUUGGCCAGGACUGGAGGACGUGAUUAUAACUGGAGAUUAUAAUGCCGACUGCAAAUACAUCAAGAAAUCCUACUGGCCAACAAUCCAUCUCCGGACUCAGAAGCGAUUCUAUUGGGCGACGCCCGAUGACGCAGACACGACCGUUUCGAGUACAACGGACUGUGCGUACGACAGGUUCGUUUUGGCGGGAAGUAAAAUGACAGCCAGUUUGCCGUCUAGCGUUGUCUUCUAUUAUGACAAAGAAUACAACUUGGACGAAGCUAGCGCGAAGGAAGUCAGUGACCAUUAUCCGGUGGAAUUGACCUUUUAGAACGUAGGGGGCUGGACUGCACUGACCGGUUGAUGAGUUCCCACAAUGACGUCACAGUUGACUUGGAGUUAUAUUCAUACACUGCACGACGUUGCAAAACAAAGACCAGCCAAGAUGACACAAACUGGAAACCAAAACUCUGUACCCACACUCUACCCCCCCCCCCCC